ACGCAGGGCCACGUCUGCUGGUGCGGAACGCCGCAGUCUGAUUCCCAGCGCCGCGGCGGGGGAGGUGGUCCGCGUGGUGGAGGUGAGGGGGCGUCUCCCUGCAGAGUUUUGUAGACAUGGAUUUAGAUGCCAUUACCAAGCACUCAGCAUCGCAUGCCAAGCCUGAUGGACUCAUUCUUCAAUAUGGGACCGCUGGAUUUCGAACGAAAGCAGACCGUCUUGAUCAUGUCAUGUUUCGAAUGGGAUUAUUAGCUGUCCUGAGGUCAAAGCAGACAAAGUCUACCAUAGGAGUCAUGGUAACAGCAUCACACAAUCCUGAGGACGACAAUGGUGUAAAAUUGGUUGACCCUUUGGGCGAAAUGUUGGCGCCCUCCUGGGAGGAACAUGCUACCCAUUUGGCAAAUGCUGAGGAGCAAGAUUUGGCGCGAGCCUUGGUGGCCAUCAGCGAGGAAGCAGCUGUGAAUCUGCACCAGGACGCCUUCGUGGUGAUCGGUAGAGAUACCAGGCCCAGCAGUGAGAAACUUUCAGAGUCUGUGAUAGAUGGCGUGACUGUCUUAGGAGGUCAAUUCCAUGACUACGGCUUGUUGACGACGCCGCAGCUUCACUACAUGGUGUGCUGUCGAAACACCGGUGGCCAGUAUGGAGAGGCGACCAUAGAUGGCUACUACCACAAGCUCUCCACAGCCUUUGUGGAACUUAGCAAACAGGCCUCCUGCAGUGGAGAUGACCACAGAACACUGAAGGUUGACUGUGCAAACGGCAUAGGGGCCCUGAAGCUAAAAGAAAUGAAACACUACUUGCCCCAGGGGCUGUCAGUUCAGCUAUUUAAUGAUGGGACCAAAGGGAAACUUAAUCAUUUCUGUGGGGCCGACUUUGUGAAAAGUCAUCAGAAACCUCCAGAAGGAAUUGAGAUGAAGGCCAAUGAAAGAUGCUGUUCCUUUGAUGGAGAUGCAGACAGAAUAAUUUACUACUACUGUGAUGCCGAUGGCCACUUUCGUCUUAUAGAUGGAGACAAGAUCGCCACACUAAUUAGCAGCUUCCUUAAAGAGCUCCUGUUGGAGAUUGGAGAAAGUUUGACUGUUGGUGUUGUGCAAACUGCAUAUGCAAAUGGAAGUUCAACACGGUAUCUGGAAGAAGUUAUGAAGGUACCUGUCUAUUGUACUAAAACUGGUGUGAAACAUUUGCACCACAAGGCUCAAGAGUUUGACCUUGGAGUUUAUUUUGAGGCAAAUGGGCAUGGCACAGUACUGUUUAGUAAAGCUGCUGAAACAAAGAUAAGACAACUAGCAAAAGAACUGGAAGAUAAGAAAGGGAAAGCUGCUAAGAUGCUUGAAAAUGUGAUAGACCUGUUUAAUCAGGCAACUGGUGAUGCAAUUUCUGACAUGCUGGUGAUUGAGGCAAUCUUGGCUCUGAAGGGCUUGACUAUACAGCAGUGGGAUGCUCUCUAUAUGGAUCUUCCAAACAGACAGCUGAAGGUUAAGGUUGCAGACAGGCAAGUAAUUAGCACCACAGAUGCUGAAAGACAAGUAGUUAAACCUCCAGGACUCCAGGAAGCGAUCAAUGACCUGGUAAAGAAGUACAAGCUUUCCCGAGCUUUUGUACGGCCCUCGGGUACGGAAGACGUGGUCCGAGUUUAUGCAGAAGCCGACUCGCAGGAAAAUGCGGACAGCCUUGCAUAUGAAGUGAGCUUGGCAGUAUUUCAGCAGGCCGGAGGAGUCGGAGAAAGACCUCAGCCAGGUUUCUAAGGACAUUGUUUUAUAUUCUUGAGAAACUGGAUUUUUUAAUUUUUUAAAAGUUUUCAUAGAAUAGUACUGCCAUUGUUAUGAUAGGUUCAAAGACAUUUAUAAUCAUAAUAUUUAUGGUGCACUUUACUAGCCUGUUUCUAGAUAUGAUUAUUUAUCUUAAACACUACUAAAUUCUUUAGAAACAGGUAAAAAUACUAUACUUGUUAAAUUCAGUUUUUUAAAAUGAAAUUUACCUCUGCUAUCAGUCUCACUAAUGUAAAAUUCUGAAGCUCAACUAUAUGAUUUAAUCAUUGACUUUAUAAUAUAUGCAAGGAAAAAUUCAUAAAGGCUGCUAGAAAAUUAAAUUUUAUUUAAUGCCAA